AUGUCGACUUUCACUGCGUCAUCAUCACUAGCCAUAGUGCCAAGAGCCGCAGACGCAAAAGGCAGAGGAGAGAGAGAGCACGCGCUCGACCCUAUUCAAAAAAAAAAGAAAAGAUCGCAAAAGAAAGUAAAGAAAACCCCAAAAGCGACACAGAUUGGGAGCCGAGUCUCCGGGGUCAUAGAAACAAAAAAAAAAGAAAUCGACAAAGAGAGGAGACGAAGCUGCAGGUGGUUGGACGACCUGGACAUAACUUCGGUUCCCCAGGAAGUUCAGCGGCGUCUAGGUUACCGGGCUACGACAUUUUGUUGUAGCUUGUCUGGUUCUCCGGAACCUAAGGUCUUGCGUUUCUGCCUGACUUCGAAAGAUCUCACGCUGAGAUACUUCCCGAAGGUUAGUCGGGGGCUGAACAGGCAGCAAGCCGCUGACCUGUUCUGUACGCCAUUGCUGAUGAGGUGGUUGCUUUGGCUGACUCCAAUUGCGAGGCCGGUCACCGCUAAAUCGGGUGGUGCCUCGCCUUGCAAGAUGUUUUAG